AACAGAGGGGCUGUAAGCUGGCCAACCAUCCCGUCAUGAUGCUGGAACUGCAGAGAGAGAAGGCAGCUCAGAUGCAGCUCGUCCUCCUCAAGGAACAGGUCUCCAACAUCUACAGUAACAUCACAAUAACAGGCCGGUGGUAGCUGGUCCCCUGCAGGAUGGUGAGGUGCCGGAGGUCCCUCCUCCCCCUCUGGACAUCGAGGGGUCCCCGGCGUACACGUUACGGGCCAUUCUGGACUCGAGACGCCGGGUCUUUAGACAAACUGUACAACUUUGCCGAGUGUGCUGGUCUGCAUCUGGUCCUGGGGUUCAACGCCCUGCAGAGAAACCCUGACUCCUCCUGGAACUCCUCCGCAGCCUUCAGCUUACUCAAAUACAGCGCUGGGAGGAAAUACAACAUCUCCUGGGAACUGGGCAACGAGCCUAAUGGCUACCGAAGCAUGGUGGGUCAGACAGUUAACAGUACCCAGCUAGCCAAGGACUACACCAUGCUGAGAACACUACUGCAAUCUGUACGCUACUACAGCCGAGCACACCUCUACGGCCCUAACGCUGGACCACCACGCAAGAACGCCAUUCUGCUGCUCGACGGGUUUAUGAAGAACGCUGGUUCUGUUGUGGACGCUGUAACGUGGCAACAUUACUACAUGGAUAGCAGAGUGACCAAAGUAGAGGACUUUCUGAAGACUCGCCUGCUGGACACCCUGACCGAACAGAUCACUAAAGUACUCAAGGUAGUGAAUAGCCAUGCUCCUGGUAAGAAGGUGUGGUUGGGUGGAGUGGGUCCGGCAUGGGCUGGAGGAACCAACAACCUCUCUGAUACCUACGCUGCUGGCUUUCUGUGGAUGAACACUCUGGGCGUGGCAGCGAUGCAUGGGAUUGACGUGGUCCUGAGACACUCGUUCUUCGACUAUGGAUACACACACCUCGUAGACCAGCACUUCAACCCACUGCCGGACUAUUGGUUCUCACUGGUGUUCAAGCGUCUGGUGGGCCCCAGGGUGUUGGCGGUGCGGGUAGCAGGCUUACAGAGGAAACCACAGCCAGGGAGGGUCAUCCGAGACAAACUACGCAUUUACGCCCAUUGUACCAGCUUCCACAAUCAUAACUACGUGAAAGGGUCCAUAACGAUCUAUAUCAUCAACCUGCAUCGGUCCAGGAAGAAAAUCAAGCUGGCGGGAACCUUACGUAACAAGACUGUCCAUCAGUACCUGCUGCAGCCCUACGGGACAGACGGACUACACGCCAGGUCAGUCCAGUUGAAUGGAGAAAAGUUGUUGAUGGUGGACAACGAGACGUUCCCGGAAUUGAAGCCUCAGACGCUGCGGGCAGGGAGGACGAUAGCCAUGCCCCCUAUGACCAUCGGCUUCUAUGUCAUCAAGAACAUCAACGCUUAUGCCUGCCGCAGAUAAUCCUCAGCAUACUCCUCCUCACCCUU